CUGCCUGGAUCCGAGAUUUCUCUCCCUCCCCCAGCACCAUCCUUCCCCCCUCCAGGCUGUGGUUUUCUUCCUCCGCCUCUUCCAGCUGGAUUUCUUGCUUUGGGAAUGACUAAAGAUUCUUCGCCAAGGAAGGUUCCAAUUGAUCCAACUCGUCCAAUGAAGCCUCUGUAUUGGUCAAGAAUUCAGCUGACUAGCAAAAGGGAAACGGAAACAUUGCCGAUUUGGGCAGCACUAGAAGAGCCUUCCAUUAAUAUCCAGGAACUGGAAAAUUACUUUUCAAAAUCAGCUGUCAAGGAGAGGAAGAAGCCAAUUUUAGAUACCUACAGCAAAACAAAAACCAAACAGGUGGUGAAACUUCUUAACAAUAAGAGGUCACAGGCUGUUGGAAUUUUAAUGUCAAGUCUUCACUUGGAGAUGAAGGAUAUCCAGAAUGCGGUCUGAUUUAACUCGUUCUUCAUCCGAGAUGGUUAUCUAAAUUGGAUUCUAAGCUUGCAAAUGGUGUCUUCGAUGCUUUUGAAGAAUGCCUUGAUUCCCAAACCACAUUUGUGUGACUCUCACGAUAGGAUGAUCCAGUGGCUGGAUGCCAGAGGGGUUGUUUGCUUUCCAAUGGAACCAUCAUG